UUCAGGUUUUGUGUUUAAUCCGCGAGGAGGCCGUUCUCAUGGCACAACUCAUGGCCUUGCUUUUGCUGGGAACUCUCCAUUGUUCGUCGGGAAUCGUCAUAACAGUUGGCAGAACUACCCCAAACCCGACAGAGAUCGAGCGGUGUCGGAGUAAAAUCGCUACUGUGCCACAGCUGAACCUGACCCGCAACCAUAUGUCCAGAUCACACUACAGCAUCGUCCCAGGGGUUCCGGAAAUCACGAUCGAGAGACCAGACAUUCUCGAACACUUUCCAAGCUCCUCGGAAGCCACAUCCAAAGAGUCCUCUACGCCCUUUCAUGGUAAGCCCAAAAUUGCAACGUUGCCCGAGGAGCCACGCCUGCUAUCUUAUGCAGGAAGUCCGUCGACCUCACUUCUAACGCCCAUAGUGACAACGCCUUCGACAGUGCUAUGGACUUCCCCUUCGUCCAUUGAACCUCUCACGCCCACAUGGUACAUCACAAGCCCACCGCCCACUCCUCUCACGGUUCAUACGCCUACGGAACCAAUCAUAAAUGUAAACAAACAAUAUCUUUCUUAUCCAACCAAACCGUAUGAGACAAACAAACCUACACUUCUUACAAGACAACCGGACAAAGAACACUUAGUCACUCAUCUUGCCCUUGAGAAACCCAAGCAGCUAGAGAGAACGACGGCAACCACACAACCUACCCUUUUAUAUUCUACAAUCCCCGCUGUAAGGGGGCAUAGGUCAGUGAAGCCUGCUGCCGUACGACCGGCUCUGCAGGAGAUGGAGAAGGAGCUGACCGACUUGCUGAGGGUGCAGAUACCGCUCCUGCUGACAGAUGACAUUGCUGAGGCCCUUAACAUGUCAUACCGAGCCCGCCUCCACUUCGCCAACCACGAGAUGGUGGACAAACUACUUCAGCAGGAAUCUCUCGCACCAAACUACGUUUCUGGGGAGUGUCCUAUGCGGUAUUACGAGCGUAGGAUCAAUCUGCUGAAGAGGGUGGUAGGCCUCCUCCUCCUCGCCCUUCCGCAUUCUCUUCAGGAGCUUGAGGGAGCUGCCUGGGACGAAGACCUGGAAAAUAAUUUCUUCAGGCCCGGAGAAAAGAAUAUCCUAGACGUCCCAGAAUGCCGAGAGUGUUACACGAAGGACAGCCUUGGGAGAUGUCGAGAGAUUUUCUUCUGCAAAGCCGGCUCUUCUGCUGACGUCAGGAUUGGCUUGUCUCCUGAGGAGAUGGAGCGUCUUCUGGCUCUUGGUUGAGACUGUGUGCAUGCGUGCUUGUAUGAUUGCGUGUGUCUUUGUGUUAGAGUGUGCAUGUGUGGCUACGUGGAUAUGUUUCGUUUCGGGAUGCCAAGUGUAACGAUUUUUUUAACAGGUUUAUUUUCUGAAAAUGAAUGUUUGAUGUCAUCACACUAUCUACAUUUAGUAUCAGAAAUACAUUUAGAUUUAUUUUUUAUUUUUUUAGAUACAUCAUAAGCAAAGAAUUGAUGUGUCAUUUCCUGUAAAGAAAUUAUAAUUCAUAGAACGGCUGAUUUAUAUACAACGCAGUAUUUCAGUGCUAUUGUUUCCUGUAACACUUUAAUGAGUGCAUUAACUGACUGUUAAUUUAUAUUUUUUAAAUAUUCAAGAUCACAAUUUUUUGUGAUACGUUCACAUUGUUAAUAAUAUAAGUAUAUCCGACCUCAUAUUUAAAUGUAUAAAAAUAAAACAUGGAAAAUGGUCAAA